UGGGAUGUCCAUUGUAAGGGCAGGACAAUCAUAUACCUAAAAAAGCUAAAAAAAAGUUGGCGAGAAUCGACUCACAAAAAGGGAUUCCCUUAUUUAGAAAAAUGGCUCAACCGCCGAGGCCCUGGCCGAUAACAAUGACGGUAAUGGUUUUCUCCUUGUACAUAAGCAGCAGUACUGGGCCCCCAGCGGUGAAGCACGAAGCGGCCUUACCGAGAUUUCUAGAUUAUAGAAAACACAUAACAGAACAUCAGACAGAUAUGAAGACACGAGAGAGAAGGGAAAAUACAGAAGUAGCGUUUAGCGUGGCAUUCCGAACGUACCACACAAGACCAGGCCUCUUUGGCCCAGAACUCGCAUCUUGUAUCACUCGGUGCAUUUCUGGCGCCGCACCUACGUAUGAUCCAAAGCAGCCACGAAACGUAUAUUGUACAAAUCUGGUGUAGAUUGGACACAUAUGAUGAGCGCAACGACGAGUAGGCAGGUUACCAGCCUCUAUAAGUAUAGAAACGAUGAGGGUCAG